CGCCGCUCCGCCAGCCCGGCACCGCCACCGAAUUAAAUAAUACAGAUAGAAGAAGAACAAAGAGAGAAGUUAACUAACAACAUGAAGUUACUCAUCUUCCUCACAGUAACACUGGGUGCCCUUGUCACGGGAUUAGAGUCUAUUUAUAGCUGGAAAUACUACAAGCAAUAUAAACGCAGAUCAGACCACAAGGAAUGCCCGUGUUUGAAUGGAGGAACGUGCAUUACCUAUUACCUCUUCAGUGGAAUUGGUCGUUGCAUAUGUCCAGAUGGAUACACUGGGCUUCACUGUGAACUAGACACUGACAGCACAUGCUAUACUGAAAAUGGGGAGAACUACAGAGGGAUGGCAACAGAAGACAAAUGUCUGCCAUGGAACUUGCCCUCACUAAUCAGGAGGGGUCGUUACCACGCUUACUCAGAGAAUGCUUUGCAGCUUGGGCUGGGCAAACACAGCUACUGCAGAAACCCAAAUGGAAGGAGCAGACCCUGGUGUUACACCAAAAGGGGAUCUGCCAUUCAAGAAACACCUUGCAACAUAGAGAAGUGUGGGCCUACAUGUGGUCAAAGGAGCAUUAGCAAGAUGUUCAAGAUUGUUGGUGGAAAGCAGGCAGAGGUUGAGUCUCAGCCUUGGAUAGCAGGCAUCUUCCAAAACAUAAGGGGCAUGGAUCACUUCCUGUGCGGGGGCAGCCUCAUCGACCCUUGCUGGGUGCUCACAGCAGCACACUGCUUCCACACUCCGUCAAGAAGACCAAUAAACAAAUCAGUCUACAAAGUUUUCCUUGGAAAGUCCAUACUGAAUGUUACUGAUGAUAAAGAACAAGUAUUUAUGGUUGAUGAGAUCAUCUCUCACCCUGAUUUUACAGAUGACACAGGUGGCAAUGAGAAUGAUAUUGCUUUGAUAAGGAUAAGGACAACUUCUGGACAGUGUGCAGUAGAAUCCAAGUAUGUCAGAACAGUCUGCUUGCCAGAGAGGAACCUCUACUUAAAAGAAAAUACGCACUGUGAAAUAGCUGGCUAUGGAAAACAAGAUUUUUAUGACAUCUUCUAUGCUCAAAGACUGAUGUCAGCCACUGUGAACUUAAUAUCACAGAGAAAAUGCAAAUAUGAAUACUAUGACAAUAUUAGAGUUACUGACAACAUGGUCUGUGCUGGGGAUCCCACAUGGCAGAUUGAUGCCUGCAAGGGAGAUUCCGGUGGCCCCAUGGUCUGUGAGCACAAUGGCAGGAUGAUGGUUUAUGGCAUUGUCAGCUGGGGAGAUGGCUGUGCAAAGGAAAACAAGCCUGGUGUUUACACCAGAGUUACUCAAUACCUUAACUGGAUUGACUCCAACAUGAAUGGGCUAGCUGCCAAGAGUCGUUUUCUUCCUGAACCAAAGUGACCUGUUUUUGACAGCUGGACUGAAAUGAACAAAAUUUUGCCUAUACUGACACCAGGACAGUGAAGACCUGAAUGUCAUAAGAGGCUUUCAUUUUGAAUGCUUGUGUGGUCAGUCACUCAGAUCAGUGUUCCUGAGGCACGAGGCAGAGAGAGGGUUGAUAUUUUAUCUUACUACUCUGAAUUACCUGGAAACCACUCAGUGGAAAGCUAAAAUAUUUAACAUUUAAAUGAGUAUUCCCAUGCAUGAUACUAUGCAUAGCAAGAUAGCUAUCUACUCCAUUUAUGAACCAGCAUUUGCUCUGGAAAUAGAUACAGUUUCAACUUACUUAACUCAAGUAUUCAUUUUAUACAUGACCUGAGUCUAAAAUCUCGCCUUAUUGUACUGAAUAAUGCUAAGUUUUGAGUCCCACAAACCUAGCCUGUUAAGACCAGUACUUAGAGAGUGAUCAGACUUGGCAUCAAAAAGUUGGGGGGGAAAAAAGUAGUAGUUAA